AUGAAUUUAAUCCGGUUCACAGUGGCCGGCACGCGGAUAUCGCGCACCACCUACACGUUAUCCAGAUACGGGGGUUCCCCCAAGACAAGAGCAAUUCGACGACCCCGUAAUCGCAAUGCGCACGUAAACCGCACGCCCAGACGGAAGGGAAGAACACUUGGACACACUUUUGCUUACUUUGGGGUAUCCUCGCCCAUUUCUUCUACACAGCCUCCUUCAAGAGCGAGCGUUACCGAACCAUGUCUUGUCCUGCCCACCCGGGUCGGACAUAUGAUUUGGUCCGAGAGAGCUGCAGUAGCAAACUGCGAGAUGCGAGCUGCGAGGGGAGGUUGCGUUCUUUUUGGUGCCCUCACUGGAGGAGUAUUUGAGUACAAAGACGUAUUGUACUAUACGGAGAAAUGCUCUACCAGAAUUGGAUAUAUAAAACGGAUAGCAAGGUAA